AUGACCGCCGCUCUCCCUCAGGCGCCGCGGCUCGACAACACCAUGGGCGUGAUUCUUCUCUGUACCUGCAUUGGUUGCAUGCUGUUUGGGCUGACGACCCACCAAACAUACCGCUAUUUUCGCUUGUACCCGUCAGAUGUGCGAAAGUUGAAGGUUUUCGUUGUUCUACUUCUACUUUUCGAUAUAUUCCACACCGUUCUGUGUGUUCAUAUCUGCUACUACUACUUGAUCAACAACUACUUUUUCCCCCCUCGGCUCCUUGAUGGCGUUUGGUCUAUUCGCCUUACAGUGAUGGAGACGGGAUGCGUGAUCCUUCUUGCUCAUUCCUUCUACGCCCGACGCUUAUACCUCCUGGGUGGGGGUCAACGAUGGCCGGUGGUCUUCAUUGCUACGCUCUUAGCGAUAGAGACGGGGAUGUGCAUCGCUGCAACAGUGGAAGCCUUCCUGGUGCCUGCCUUUGCAGAAUUCGCGCAUUUUGCUUGGAUCACUUGUACAGGCCUCGGGAUCGCUGUUAUCCUCGAUGUGUUCGUCGCAGGUUCGCUUAGCUACUACCUGCAUCGCAGCCGCACUGGCUUCAAGAGGACCGAUUCACUCAUCGACAUCCUGAUGGUGUAUUCUAUCAACACGGGUCUCUCCACAAGCAUGGUCACCUUGGUUGCGGCGAUAUCGGCCAUCACCAUGCGCAACAAUCUCGUAUACAGUGGACUGUAUAUCAUCGCGUCGAAAUUGUACGCAAACUCUCUCCUAGCCCUGCUAAACUCUCGCCGCUCUAUCAUCGACAAGGGCAUGGAAGGCUUCGAGACCGGAUCGUUCGGGCUGAAGGUGGUGGACACGAGCAACGUCCGCGCCAUCGCGUACAACCUGGCGUCACCGACCACAAGGACAAAUCCGGCGCAGACCGUCAUCGACGUCAGGGUGACAAAGGAGACAUAUCACGAUGGGCUGCCGCUGGACCGCGACGGCGCAGAAUCUGACGCCACUUCGGAUGACAGGAAGCGGCCGUCUGACAGUGCCGCUGCUCUCGGCGAGGAUGUCUGA